AUGCUUCCGGAGCAGUACCUGCUGACCAGGGUCACAAGGUGUGUGGAUGCCUUGGAAUCCAAGCUGAACUCCGCCCAGACUGCCUACGAUGCGUUUGUCGCUACCAGGAAUAAGAAGGCAGUGAAGGAUCGCAUGAAGGAUGCUAUGGAGAAGGCUUUGGAGAAGUCUUUGAAAAAGAAGAAGAAGGAUGCUGCCGAAGCUGAUGGAUCGUGUCAGGAACCUGAGCUCCACGGCUUCGCCAGAAUGGUCGGGAAUGGCGCUGGGGAUCCCAGCUUAGCAGUCGCUUGCAGCGACGCCAUUCGUCAGGCCAGGGUGACCAGGGUGAAAUCAAAGGGGAUCUCUAGUCUGGCAAGAGUGAAUUUGAAACGGAGCGAAAGUGGAUCACAUUCAGUUUUCAGAAAGUUUGGCCAAUCGCUGGACAUCAAGAUAUCGAAGACUGAUUUGGUAUCCAAGAAGGACUUUCCCUAUGUUCCGUUCAAAACGUGGCUAAGACACCUUGUGGAAAUAGAUCAACUUGAUCAGCUGGUGGGCGUGAAGGAUGUUUCUGACAUGAAGCGCCUUUUAUCUACAUUCUGGUCUCGCUUUGGGGCUCUCAAUCCCGAACAUUUGAUCUGUUCCCGGGAUGACCCUGGCUUCAACAAGGAGAUGUGCAUACCAGUGCUUUACCACGGUGAUGAAGGGAGAGGCCUGAAAAAAAAACAAUUGAUGGUGUUGUCUACUCAUGGUGUUCUUGGGAGAGGUUCGCACAAGAGCAAUUCCAAUGACACCCAUGAUCCUCAUGGACCUCUUUGCCUCAACAUGAUUGGCAACACUUGGUUGACACAUUUUUUGCAGUGUGUUCUUCCGAUCGGCCUGUACAACGAAACACCAGAAGACUUUUACAAAAUGUUGGAUAUUCAGGCGAAAGAAUUUGAAGAGCUCUUCUGGAAGGGUGUGGACAUCAACAACCAACGCUUCUUUGUAUGCUGUAUUGGCGUGAAGGGUGAUGCCCCGUUCCUAGCGAAGUCUGGCAUGUUCCUCAGGUCCUUUUCGAGGAGACCCACUCGUGCUAGCAGUCGUACGGCAGCAGCUGGAGUUUGCCAUUUAUGUUGUGCUGGAAAAGAAGAUUAUGAGGUUGAUGUGCCAUUUGAGGAGUAUGGCGCGCUUUCCCCAGUUUGGCUGCAGACUUGUGGGGUGCUGAAGCCCUACUUGGAGAGGUCCCCGUUGCUACAAAUUCCGUCAGAAGCUUCAGGCACUACUGAGAAGCUGUGGAACUUCGACUUGUUUCACAACUGGCAUUCUGGAAUGGGAAAAUACUUUUCGAGUUCUGCGGUUGUUGUAUGCCUAGAGUUGGUCCAGGACAGUAUUGAAGGGGCUUUCGCCCAACUCACUGCGGAUUUCAGGGUAUACUGCACUAGAAAUCAUGAGAGCCCGUACCACAAGAAGUUGACUUCAACUAUGUUCGGGGUCAACCAAUCCUUCUUGGACUGGCCUGAUGCUGCAUGGAGCAAGGGUGAUUUCACCAGGCUCAUUUGCAAGUGGUUUGAAGAUUGGUGCCGAAGACAUGUUGAUGAAAAAACGGAUGACCCGCUGUACUUGAAGUGUGCUGAAGCCGUGAAGGCCAUCAACUUGUGUCUAUCAGGACUCUAUCGAAGUGGGGUUUUCAUUCCAAGUGACCAAGCUGCCCAAAUCGCUGAUCAAGGUUUGACCUUCUUGCGUUUGUAUGCUGAGAUGGCCAGAAUGGCCUACUCAAGAGGUCAGCGGAGGUUCCCUUUGGUGCCCAAGGGCCAUUACUUACACCACACGUUUCUGAGUUUGUGGUACGAAGCCCAAGGGCAUCAGUGGUGCACGUCGCCGCUGAUUUAUGCGGUACAAAUGCAGGAGGACUAUAUCGGUAAACCGAGCCGAUUGGCCCGCAGAGUAAGUUCCAAAACUACAAGUUUAAGAGUUCUCCAGAGAAGUUUCUUAGCAAUCCGCAACGCUCUGGGGUGGGGCGCUGAUGCAUAG